GAAACAUGAUUGCAUUUGUUAAUUAGUCGCUAAUAGCGAGGUAAUGUGCGCUUGAUGGAUAACCGUGUCAUUGCCAAUCACGCCACUCAUUCAUAUUCCCAGCAGCGUGGGCGGGAUCUGCGCUCGUAUUUGUCACGUGCGCAACCUGGCGGGGCGGGGCCAAACACGGCAUUAUAAAUAGCCGAAUGGUUGGCACAUGAAGCAGCCAAUAAACGCCGGACAUGGGCGGCAUGUACGCUUUGAUUGGUUGAGAUCAGUGUUGUGGGCGGCAUACCUAUCGCUCGGUUUCCUUGUGCUGAGCCCCCGUGCGGGGGUGGGUCACGGUGUACUCUGGGACCUGUAGUCCCGUGCGGCCCGGGUCCUCAGCGGAUGAAGUGGAAGGACUCCAACCCCCAUGGUGCCGCGCGCGGGCAUCCCGCCUGGCUCCUGCAACCCUGUCAAUCAGCAUGCGUCACGCAGCUUUGCUUAUCAAGAUUUGGGGGGGUGGGAGGGGGGAGCCGAGGGGAAGCAACCAAUGUGAAGAAUACAUCAUAGGAAAGAAAAAAAAAUCCCUCAAGUGUUAUCUUCCCUGCAGGGUAGAAAUUUUACUGUACAAUGUGAAAACUCCAGUUUCAAACAGCCGCUUUGCAUAGUGCUUCACGCAAAGUCCUUUCGCAGAUUCAUCAACGAGAUGAAACGCAGAAAGAUUGCCAUCGCCGCUGGGUUUUGCUGUUCAUUCUUCCUGGGCACUUUACUGAAUUUGUUAUUUAUCCCUGGAUUUGACCAUCACCAACAGCAGCAGCAGCAGCAGCACCGUUUCGAGGGACCAGAGCAAGACCACCUCAGCAUUGCCCCGUCCACAUACUUCAACCGGGUGACCGACCAAGACCUGUUGAAGCAACUGAGAGAAAGGUACCAGGAGGUUGUCCGCUAUCGGCAGCAGCCUGGCUCCAGGGCGGCUGCAGGGAGGCUCGCCAGACCACUAGAGAGGCGCCUGAUGGACCUCGCACAGAACAGCUCCCCCGACCAACUGCAGCCCCAGCAUCAGCCGCAACCACAGAGACACCCCGGUUUCCAGAAGAACCGGCCGCUGACUGCGCCUGGAGAAAGUACCUUCGCCUCCAGCAGCCCAAUUCGGUUCCAUUCGCUUCCCCUGGGCUGUCCGGAUAUUAAUAACGCGAGCAGUGUCCAUUAUUUAGGCUCAGGCUACACUAAAGCAGUAUACAAAGCGGUCCUGAAUGAAACGCUGGCAGUGGCCUUAAAGUCAGUGGACUUUGGAGGACACGACAUGGAGAACUGUGUCAAGCAGUACGGGGCACUGGAAGAUUGCUACAGACUAGCUUCGUACAAACUUGUCAAAGAGAUGACACUUUUACAACGGCUGCAGCACUCAAACAUUCUGAAGCUGUAUGGUUACUGUUAUCAGGACAGCAAUGACAUCACAGACACAUUGACCACUAUCACAGAGCUUGGGUCUCCACUGGAGAUGAUUCAGCUUCUACAAGUUUCAUGGGAGGAGAGAUUCCGAAUAUGUUUGAGUUUGAUACGUUUACUACACUAUUUGGCCCAUUCACCUCUUGGCUCAGUGACUUUGUUGGACUUUCGUCCUCGACAAUUUGUUAUUGUUGAUGGUGAACUAAAAGUGACAGAUUUGGAUGAUGCCAGUAUCAGUGACACACCCUGCUCAAGCAACAGUGACUGUUUUAUGGAAUUUCCAGCCCGAAAUUUCACUUUAAUAUGCUCCUUGGAGGGCAGAUGCCAAAACAUGAACGAAAAGCGGAAUCUCUACAAUGCAUAUAGGUUUUUCUUUACCUACCUCUUGCCACACAGUGCCCCAUCAAGUCUGCGGUCACUGCUGGAUACCGUAGUGAAUGCCACAGAGUACAAACAAUUUGCCAAUGUUGCUGUCCCAGAUGAAAAUUAUCGGUGCUGGCCAUCUUAUCACCAUGAAGGCUGCUUGCUGUCAGUCUACGACCUUAAUGAGGCCAAGGAGAUAUGUGAUAACCAUUCUCAGUGCCAUGCCUUUGUUCUGACCAACCAGACAACUUGGACAGGUCGCCAUCUUAUUUUCUUCAAAACCAGCUCAAAUCAUAUAGUGCCUGCUGCAGAGAAAAUAACAUUUGUAAAAGUGGCAAACUGAGUACCAGUUGAGCCUUGGACACUCAAGAAUUUACGCCAUCCUAGCAGGAAAUAAAACCCAAGGCCGACUGCAGGAUGAAGUGCUUCUGCUCUGGUGCUUGCGUUUUUUUCUUCCAUGGGGUAUCGUGUAAUGGAAUGAAAGGAAGGGUGAUCAGGAUCACCUGGAAAAUGUGCAAUACUGUGAGGGUGGAGGAUAGUGAGCAGAAGAAUAAUUGACAUGGAUAUGUGGCUUUCUAAUACAAGGUCACUGCCAUUUAUUUUGACAUUAUUUAGUCUGGAAAUCUCCUCCACUUCUCUUGUCACUGUUCAAGCACAGAAACCACCUCAGAAUGCUGAGAGAAAUAAGCCAAACCAUUAAUUCACUGUUCGGAGUAGAUGAGGAGGGCAUUUUGAAAGUGAUAGUAAUGGCAACAAUUCCAAAAUGUCAGGGUACAGAAAUAAAUUUAGUCACACUAAGCUCAGGCAUUUUCAAUCUUGGAAUCAUUUUUAUUUAUUGGUGUUAUUGUUCCCUCUCUACCUAACUUGCUACACAGUGACUUCAUGCAAAGACUUGCUCCAAUCUUCACUGAUGUUAUUCCUAAUAGCUGAAAGGGGAAUUUAUGUAAAUAAUUGGGAAAUGGAUCCCCCAUUCCAAAUGCUUUCUCUAUCUGCCAAAAUCUCAGGGAAACUCAGGUUUGAGACCUAUCCCUUAAAGAUAGGUCUUUGGAAUACAAACGAGUUCAGAAGAAAUUCUUCUUUUCUGCUAAAUUACCUUCAUGCCUAAUUCCAAGGCACUAAACUUUCCCAAUCACUUGACUAAUUUACUACCUAAUAACAAAAUGUUCUUCAUUAUUUGGACAAAACCAACAUUCAUCAAUUCAGUGCUGUUCAGUAACAUUAGCAGAGAAGGAGAAUCUAAGAACGCAGGAUAUUAAAGCAUUAAUAUACACUAAGAACACAAUCACAAGUGACGCAAGGUGUAUUUUGAAAUGUAUUUUCUGCGAUGGACAAAGUUUGUCUUGCUUAUUUGCUUUCAGUGAAAGUAUUGUUGAUGCAAUGACAUCUGUUAUGAUCCUUUCUGGCUCCAAGAGGUAAUUUUCCAGCAUGACAUUUCAGUGAGGGAGUAUCACCGAAUGGAUCUCAUAUUGGAAAUUGUGAUGUGCACUGUGCAUAAUUUCUUUGUUAUUGUCUUAUGGCAUCAUAUAACUCAUGCCUGAAUUUUUGAAAUGGAUGAGGCUUUCCACUGAGAGCGUAGAGGCAGAAAAUCACCUCUUUAACAUUUUUUAAAAAUGUGAUAUACAUGUUUUAAUGCACAUUUAUUUAUUUUUUGGUAUUGAAACAGCAUUAAACUUGAUGAAGUGAGUAUCGA